AACCACAUUCGCAGCCGCGACUGCUACAUGCUGCAUCAUCGAUUCUUUCAGCCGCUCCGCGAUGCCGGCCAGCGUCACGCCGUGAAUUAUCUGCAGCACCAGGUAAAUCUUGGUCGCGUUGCCCACGUUCCCGAGGUAGAACGAGUUGCGCGAGAUGGCUUCGAAGCAGGUCUGGCACUUUUCGAACAGCAAUCGCAGCCGGCCAGGAUGUUCAGCGUGCCCUCGUGUUUGGUCGUGACAAAAAAAGUACCGGCCUCCUUUGAAUAUGAUCUCUUCGACGAUGUCCUGCGACGUUUCCGGGGCAACACCGGUCAUCUCCACGUAGCCCUUGUCGAUGAGGUUGACCGAAAUGACGCCACAGUUGCCGAACACCAGCUGUAAUUUGUAGCAACUGGAAUCACUGAAAGAAGUCCCUUACAUUGAUCGCGACCUGCGGAUCUACAAACGCACAAGAAAGUCACGUCCGUGAUCUCGAUCACGUUCGAAGGCAUGUCAUAACCUUUGCGCCCGCCUCCUGUGUCCCGAGUUGAGCAGGGUCUUGAAGAUACCGCAGACCAUAAUGUCGAGCACGAGGAAGCCAAACUUCAAAUUUGGGUCUUGAAUGUUGCGCGACUGCGUUGACACGUCGCCGGAACCGUUUAUUUUUCGCUUGCGCUUCGGCGAUGGCGUGCUCGCAAUGUCCUUAAUGGCGGCUAUCGCGGCCUUGGCCUUGUUGACGACGCGCGCCUUGAGCGUUGAAGCGACCUAGAAUAAUAUAAAGGUUUAAAUCAAAUUAAAAUUGAAAAAAAAAAAAAAACAAUCAAAACC